AUGGCAUUCCGGACUCCCGCCGCCACGAACAGCACGCUAGCAAUUUUGAGGCCCUCUCCGGAUCUGGCAAUUGUACUCAACAAAAAUGGCGGUGGAAUUAACAUAUGUAGUUGGAAAAAUAGAACCACAAUGUUCACACCUUUCCAGUCACCGCCGGUCAGAACGACUGACCCGCAUGUCGCCGGCACAUCCUUUCCGUUCUUCUUAAUGCAAUUGUUCAUCGGCAACGCUGUUUUUCGCCCCGUUUUCUCUUUGGCCAAAUUUCUGCGAAUACCUCGAUUUGUUGCCCAAAUGCUCAGUGGUAUAUUAUUGGGUCCGUCUGGGAUUGGAGAGAAUCUCCUGGUGCGUGGUUUUAUAUUUCCUUACAGAUAUGCUCUAGUGCUGGAGAGUUUUGCAAACCUAGCUCUGGUUUACAACAUGUUCUUGGUGGGUCUAGAAAUGGACUUGUCACUAAUGAAGCGAGUUGGGUCAAAAGCUCUCAGCAUUGCAAUCACUGGAAUUCUCUUCUCCUUCGCCGUAGCCAUGUUCUUCUACAGUGAAGUUGUGAAAACCGACGGCAUAUUCUCCAAAGAAGGUAUUAAAGGUGUAUUCUGGGCGGUGACUCUCAGCGCCACAAACUUCUCAGACCUUGUCAGAAUCCUUUCAGAUCUCAAGCUCCUCAGAACAGAAAUCGGCAAGACAGCAAUGGUGGCAGCCAUUAUUUCUGAUUUGCUCGCUUGGCUUCAUCUUAUACUCAUCGUUUCAAUCUUCACCGCCGUCGGCAACAUCUGGGCAUGGGCAACCACCAUCACCUUCGGUAUCUUCUGUUGGUUUAUCGUACGGCCGUUUCUAUCAUGGGCAAUUUCAAGAGCCACUAAAGCGAAAAAACGUGUGACUGACAACCAUAUCACGUUUAUUUUAGCUGGGGUUUUGCUCUGCGGACUCAUCACUGACCUAUCGGGUGCACAUGCGAUUGUGGGUGCCUUCAUGUUCGGGAUUAUAAUGCCAGAGGGGCAUAUUAUCAGAGAUUUGAUCGUGGAGAAGAUUCAUAAUUUCAUAUCUGCUAUUUUAAUGCCCCUGUUCUUUCUCAGCAGCGGAUUGAGGUUCAAUUUCAGUCACAUGUUCAUAGGAACAUCUCCUUUACUCAUUGUGGGAACUGUAAUUGCGAACUGCGCAACCAAGAUUAUCAGCACUUACCUUGUCUCGCUCAUCUAUGGCGUGCCACCUAAAGACGGCCUGGCUCUCGGCUUGCUCAUGAAUACAAAAGGGAUUUUAGCUCAAGUCAUCGUCAAUGUCGGUCGUGACAUGAAGGUUUUGGACAACAAGACAUUCACAAUAAUGAUGCUCUCUCUCCUGGUUAUGACAUGUCUAACGAAGCCGAUCUUAUAUCUAACUCACAAGCCCACAAGGAUUCCAAGACAAAACAAGAAGAGAACCAUUGAAAAAGUGAAGCAACAUGGAGAAUUCCGAAUCCUAGCUUGCGUCCACAACCUGCAAAAUGCAUUAAGCAUCACCAACCUCAUGCGAGCAUGUAAUCCCACCUCAAAUUCUCCUCUUUGCAUUUUCGCCAUGCAUCUCGUCGAACUCACCGGCCGAACCGCAGCCUCCAUACUCAUUACCAACAAUGAGUACAGAACUAGAGGCGACCAGUUUAAUAAUGCAGAGUCUGGAACUCACAUAGUCAACGCCUUUGAACAUCUUGAGGAGGAGAAGAGCUUCGUCAGAACCCACACCGUGACUGCCGUCUCCCCGUAUGACACCAUGCACGACGACAUCUGCAGCAUGGCGGAGGAUAAGUGUGUGAGUUUCAUCAUCCUGCCGUAUCAUAGGCAGUUAACCGCCACUGGUACCAUGGAAAAGGUAAACGAUGAAUUUGCGAACAUCAACCAGAUUGUACUAACAACAGCGCCUUGCUCAGUCGGCAUACUGGUGGACCGAGGAAUGGGCGCUUUGCACAUUGCGUCCCAACACGGUCCGGGUGAUUCGUACGUUGCACCCAAGAGAAAACAGGUGGUCAUGUUCUUCCUUGGCGGGGCUGAUGAUCGAGAGGCUUUGAUGUAUGCUUGGAGGAUGGGUGGAUAUCCUAAUAUAGAGUUGACAGUGGUGAGAUUUGUGGCGGGUGAGGAAGCCUCAAGAGUCCAGAUGUAUCAAAAGGGUACUGGGGUUGACGGGGAAUCCGAAUUGGAAGAAGAAUUGACAUGGCAAAGGGAGAAGGAAAAAGACAGCGAGUGUUUAUACGAGUUUACUUUCAAAACAAUGAAUCUUUCAUCUGUGACUUACAUAGAGAAAGUGGUGAAUGACGGAUCGGAGAUAAUAACAGUGAUAAAAGAUUUGGAAGAUAAGUAUGAUUUAUGCAUCGUGGGAAGAGGAGAGUUGGGAGUCAAAUCGAAAUUGCUAAAAGGGUUGUCAGAUUGGGAGAGUUGCCAGGAGUUGGGAAUUAUAGGAGACAUCUUAGCUUCUUCUAAUUUCUCUUUGAGAUCAUCGGUUUUAGUUGUUCAACAAUACUGCAAUGUUCUUGAUCUAAAUUCUGAUAGUCCCAAGCUUGCCACUGCCCCCUCCCAUAUUGGGGCAGGUAAGACAAUUGGCGUUGAUCCAUUCAUGACUCGCAAAAGGAUAUAUAAUGAUGACGACGAGGCAAAUGAGGAUUGA